CUGCAACACAUCAACAUCUAAAGAUUGAUAUUUCAUCUGGUUGUUCAGAAAGAUUGAUCAAAAUGUCUAAACUUGAACUUCCUCCAAUUGCUAGCGUUCCUGCCUUACCCACUGCCGAACGGGUAGCAGUACUUGAUGCUCUCUUUGAGCCUUGCACUGCCUUGCAUACCUUAUCUUUGGAUCUUCUUCAUGCCAAAACAUUUUCCUCAUACCAGGAUCUCAUUACAAAUGUUGGGCUCCAACUGACUGAGCUUUCCAAGAGCCCGUCUUCCAGUGACACGCAAUGGCUAGAAAAAAUACUCGGAGCCCAUCCAAGACUGGGAGACAAAAAGGCCGAUAGUGUGCAGUCUCAAGCAGAACAAGCUCAAUUGAACACUGGAGGCGAAGAAGAAGCUGCAAAGCUGCGAAAUCUAAACGCCGAAUACGAGAAAACAUUUCCCGGCUUGAGAUAUGUGUAUGUGCCUGUGCUUGUGCUUUGAAUUUGAAAUAUAGAGAAGCUCGUUAGUUUCUGGCAAAGCAAAAGCUGAUCAGUCCCCAGUGUCUUCGUCAAUGGGAGGGCGAGACCUGUCAUUAUGGAAAACAUGCGUGCGAGGAUCGAUAGAGGAGACAUCAAACUCGAGAGAAGAGAGGGUAUCAAGGUAAGAACUCAAUAAAAAGGGUGUAGUGUGCAAUGACCAAGUUUGUGUUGACUGAUGAUUGAAGGCAAUGUGCGAGAUCGCAGCUGAUCGUGCGGGCAAACUCCAAAAACAGUCUUAG